GCUGUGGGUUUUCUAGUUACAGCUGCCGCGCGCGCCCACAGGUGCAGUAUUCGGCAGUGGACACGGUGUGCACGCGCUCCCCAGCUCGGUUCUCCCCCCUCCCAUGAGGUUCCGGUACCGAGCUCCCAGCUCGCGGUGUGCGCCCUGUCAGAGACUGUGUGAUAGCCGGGGGAAGGGAAGAUGUCUCAGCAGAGGGUGAGGAGGAGCGGGUCCCCCCCGCCGCCGUUAAACCCGGUGAAUGGGGCGGCCGGGGCCCCCGGGAGCCGCCUGCAGCCCAUGAGGGCCACCGUGCCCUUCCAGCUCAAGCCGCACGGCAGCCCCACGAGGAGCGGCAACAAUAACAACAACGGGGCCUCCCAGCGCACCUCGUCCCGCAGCACCAGCCCCACCAGGGGCAGCAACGAAUCCCCCCCGGCCCUGAGCAGCUCCCGGGGGAGCCCCACCGUGUCCACCCAGACCGGGGCGUCACCCACCCGGGGUCACCAUCACCACCACCACCAUCACCACCACCACUCGCACCAUCACCACCACCAUCACCACCACCACAGCCAGCAGCAGGGCUCCCCCACCUCCACAUCCCCGGGAGCCGAGCCCUCCAUCCCCGGGGCUCCAUCCUCCUCCUCCUCCCCGUCCCCUGUGGCUCUGACUACUGUGGGAAGGACUGGCUGGCAGCAGAGGGGCUCCCCGGAGAGGAAAAGCCCCAGCUCCCCCAAAGGUGACAAACCACCACAACAACAACAACCUCCUCCUCCUUCAACCAGCCCUUCCAGUUUAAUUCGAAGAACAUCAUCAUUAGAUACACUUGCUGCUCCUUAUCUGUCUGGACAGUGGCCUCGUGAACAGGGUCAGGUGGCUCCUUGUAUGCGUGAUAAGUCCACUCAAACUGAGACUGCUUGGGCUGAGGAGUAUGAAAAGAAGAAAAGUUCUCAUAAGCGGUCUGCGUCUUGGGGAAGCAACGAGCAGCUGAAAGAGAUUGCAAAGCUACGUCAGCAGCUUCAAAGGAGUAAACAUAGCAGCAGGCAUCACCGGGAAAAAGAUAGACAGUCUCCAUUUCAUGGCAACCACACUGCAAUUAACCAGAGCUCUAUGUCAAAGAAUGUACUGACUCCUAUGACAAUUCCCAUCACAAAAUCAUCUGGGUCACGAUUUCGCAAUAGCGUGGAAGGACUGAAUCAGGAGAUUGAGAUUAUCAUCAAGGAAACUGGAGAAAAAGAAGAUCAGCUAAUGCAUGGAGAAUGGUCAGGCCUUCCUGAUGUCAAUGGGAACAUUUCAGUGGGUUUCCUGCAUCUGCUCCCUAAGCCACAAGAUAUUCCUGAUGGACACCGUGCUCCUCCACCUCUGGCCCUGCGUAGUAUAGACACUCAGACACCAGGAGUAAAUGAUCGCGGAAGCAACAACAGCAGUCGCGCUCAGUCUAUUUCACCAGCUUCCUUCAUUACAAUCUCAAAUGAGUUCUGCGAAGAAAGCCCUUGCGCUGUGGAUGAUACUCAUACAGAUCCUCGAGACAAAGAGAAUGGAAACCACUCCCCUCUACCUAAAUAUGCCACUUCUCCAAAGCCAAACAACAGCUACAUGUUCAAACGAGAACCUCCAGAAGGUUGCGAGAGAGUAAAAGUGUUUGAGGAAAGCUCGCCAAAACCGCUUCAUGAAAUCCCACCUUUCUACUGUCCUGAUAAGAACAAAGUGAAUUUCAUUCCAAAAAGCGGCUCUGCUUUCUGUUUGGUCAGCAUUCUCAAGCCUCUCUUGCCAAAUCAGGAAAUUACGUUUAAGAGCUCCGGCCAUACCCUAACCGUUCCCUCUAGUAUCCCUCAGUCACUGGUUCAGAAUUUCAGCAUGGCGUCAUUAUCAGCGAGCCUUGAACAGGACCGUAAUACCCGUGGGACCAAUACAUUUUGUUCCCCAAUGUCUCUGCUGCACCCGUCAGGACAAAUUGAUGAAGAAGAGGAUUAGAAGCCAGCGUGCUAUUCACUAGAAAGAGAACUGUAAUUCUCUUACCAUAUGGAGAUUCUUCAUAUGCAGUAUUGAAAUAAGCUGUUUUAACUUUUGGACAUAUUCUUGAGUAAAAUGGACAGGAUGCAAGAAACGUUGUUGGUGUUAACUGCAGUUAACUCUUGUUCUGUUAUUGGAAAGGGUUUUCUUUCAGUUCUUUGUUCGCAAGCUUUUUGUUAUCCUUUGUUUUUAUAAUUACCUCUGCCUUUACUGGUCCUCAUUGCACUGGCAAUGUCAACGAACUGGGUGAAAUGCUGCACUAGUGUUUUAAUACUAACAAAAAAGGCUCAUUGGCUGUUUUAAUCGUUUACUUUGAGGCUUUGCUUCCUGUAUGUUUCAGCCACUGUGAUCACUGUUUCAUGAGAGAAAUCGAUUUUGACCGGUUAUGUAAAAACACAAAACAAAAAAUCGUAUGUAAAAACAACCUCUUACCAGAAGAUAUAUAAGCAGAAUCAUGUAGCCGUGAUGUCGAAGUAUCAUUUUUUUCCUUUUCAUUUUUAUUUUUCUUCGUACAAAUGGGGAAUAUUCUGCAAAAGGGGAGAAUUUUCUAACUAGUUAUUGUAUUAUGUUCUCAGCUUGCUCCCAUCAAUCGGAGAGACAAAUAGCUCUUUCAUUUAACCAUCUGUUCACCCGUUGGUACUUUUAGGGUUAAAGUUUGGUGACCUAAUGAGAGACUUGUAAAUAAGGUAAGUUGUUAGGGGUUUUAGCAAACUGAUUUGUCCCACGACAUGCAUAUGCAUCUUGUAAUACAAAAAUGGAUUCGGAAAGUCAUCAUCUGACCUUAUUGCAUACCAUGCAUUUGUAUUUGUGUUUUUUUUUUUUUUAUAGAGUUUCAGUCUCUAAUCAAAGAGUUGGCUGUUCCUCUAUUAUAACCUCUCACCAAGAUUACAUAAUGCCUAAUAAUUAUUGUAGCCCACAUUGUGAGUGCUCUGACAGUGUAAAUGCUGUUUGAAAUCAUUCAGAAAGAUAAAAUCCCAUUCAUUAAUUAGACAAUGUAUCUGCGUAACCUUCUCAGUUCUUUUAAUUCUGCCAAGGAAUGAAAAUGUAAAUAAGUGUGUUGCACCGUUACGUGCUGCUGAGACAAUGUACAUGUUUAUAAAGUGUGUUUGGCAGAACUGCUUAGCCAUUCCCUGGACAUUGUACGUUUUUACUUCUUUUUCAAAAUAUUGAAAAAUCAUCUGCAGCGGUGAGGAUGUAUGUGCCAUAGACAUGUGUCAUGAUGUGUUGUUAUUAAUAUAAAAGGAGACAUAUCUUCACAUUAGUAGAAGAUAAAUAUGUUUAUUGAGUAGUGUUAUUGCAAAGAAGCGUGUUGGGCUACAGCUGUAGGACUUUGGAACACUGUAUGCAUUUACUACCCAUGCAGACAGUCUCUUUAAUCCGCAUAUUAAUGAGAAUGCAAACUAUGGCUGUUACUGUUAUCUUUAAUUCUGCUCAAAGUACCUAGAGAAGCAAAAUGUCUACUGAAGUGUGGCCUUCAUGCCAGUUAUUAUGAAUGUCUUGUUUGUGAAAUACCUUUAAUUAUCUAAGUAAUCCAAUUCCAAAGACAGUCUUGGUGCAGUGAUGUUUGGAAACUACAUCCUUAAGACUGUGCAUAGGUUGUAAAUCAGUGCAGCCAUUAUAUAAGGUUUAUGUUACAGAUUCCUACCUUCUUCAAUGGCCAUUUGGAAGCAAACUUAUUAAGCUAAAUGGUUGUGAUAUCCGUUUCAAGCAGCACUAUUUUGUCUACCCCCUUUGGCUGGUUUUAGACACGGUCCAUCAAAAUUUUUAUUUCUAUUGCAAUAACUCUUGUUUCAAGAGUUGAGCGUACUGUGCACCAGCCUUUAGUUUAAACUUUGUCAGAACCUGUUAUCACUGCAGCCCAAAAUAAAGAGAAAAGAAUCUGUUUUGUGGGUAGGUCAUUCUGUACCUAACAUGGUGAAAUGUGAAUAUCAGACAUGUUAAUUUAAUAAACCUUUUAAAUGAAGAA